UAACUCAAGUCGUUUUGAUUACGACUGAUCAUGUGAUUUUCCAUGUGAAGUUUUGGGGUUUCGAACUUUGCUUCUGGAGAAUGCCUUUUGCCCCACUUUUCAGGAGCUGCCUGGUGUCAAGUGCUUAGUCAUCAGUGGCCCUUUAAAAUAUCCAAAAUGUCUAGAGACUGGACAGUGGUGAAUGUUCUCAUGAUGUCCUACGUGUACCUGGUGCAGGGCUUCAAUAGUAACCAUGGACCAGUGAAGGAUUUUUCUUUCGAGCGAUCAUCCCGGUCAAUGUUGGAACGAUCUGAACAACAGAUCAGAGCUGCUUCUAGUUUGGAGGAGCUGCUGCAAGUUGCACAUUCCGAGGAUUGGAAGCUGUGGAGAUGCCGGCUGAAGCUCAAGAAUCUUGCCAGUAUGGACUCACGCUCAACAUCCCAUCGCUCCACUAGAUUUGCGGCAACAUUCUAUGAUACGGAAACGCUAAAAGUUAUAGAUGAGGAAUGGCAGAGAACCCAGUGUAGCCCUCGAGAGACCUGCGUGGAAGUCGCCAGCGAGCUGGGAAAGACAACCAACACGUUCUUCAAGCCCCCCUGCGUGAACGUGUUCCGGUGUGGAGGCUGCUGCAAUGAGGAGGGUGUGAUGUGUAUGAACACCAGCACCUCCUACAUCUCCAAACAGCUCUUUGAGAUAUCAGUGCCUCUGACAUCAGUGCCUGAGUUAGUGCCUGUUAAAAUUGCCAACCAUACAGGCUGUAAGUGCUUGCCCACGGGCCCCCGCCAUUCCUACUCAAUUAUCAGAAGAUCCAUUCAGAUCCCAGAAGAAGAUCAAUGUCCUCAAUCCAAGAAACUCUGUCCUAUUGACAUGCUGUGGGAUAACACCAAAUGUAAAUGUGUUUUACAGGAUGAGAAUCCACUCCCUGGAACAGAAGACCACUCUUAUCUCCAGGAACCAGCUCUCUGUGGACCACACAUGAAGUUUGACGAAGAUCGUUGUGAGUGUGUCUGCAAAACAUCAUGUCCUGGAGAUCUCAUCCAGCACCCAGAAAACUGCAGUUGCUUUGAAUGUAAAGAAAGUCUAGAGAGCUGCUGCCAAAAACACAAGAUUUUUCACCCAGACACAUGCAGGUCAAUGGUCUUUUCGCUUACCCCUUAACUUUUAAUGACUGGUGCCAUUUAAAGGGCAUAGCGAUCUGAUUCGGUGUGGCUCCUUUGUCUCAUUGCCCAAGCAACCCCUUAAAAAACAGACAAACAGAGGUCUGGCAUCUCAGACAUAAGUGGAAGCAUAUAGAGUGAUGAUGGAUUCUGUUGUUGUUUCAAAACAGGGUCUCAUGAAUUUCACACCUGCACCCCAUGCCUGCUAUCAUGCUAUCAUAAGCAAAACAAGAAGUCACUGACAUUUAAACAAUCAGGUUAAGGGCGGUUCAGCUCAGCAAGCUUUCUCUCUCUCUCUCUCUCUCUCUCUCUCUCUCUCUCUCUCUCUCUCUCUCUCUCUCUCUCCCUGUCUCUGUGUGUAUUUUCUCAACGAAGAAGCUAGCACUAGAUUUGUGUAGGCAAGAAGUUUCUGGAUGACUAUGAUCCUUGGGCUGUUGAUUGGACUUUGAUCAAUUUCAAAACCUACUCAAAUUAACCACUGAGAUUUUUUUUAAAAAUAAUUAAACGUUUUCUUUGAUGAUUUCAUGCACACAGAAAAUGCAUUCUAAGUACUUUUACCCUUACACUCUCUUACCUCUCAUCCUGUCCACCCGUUUCCUCCCUUCAAGUCCCUUUCCCACACUCAGAUCUCUUUGUUUUGUUUUGUGACCCUCUAUAGACAGUCGGGGCCAUCUGUGUGACCACAGGCUUGGAACCAUCUGUCAGAGCUUGUUCCGCUCACCCACCAGUAGCACCACAGCUGAAGACAGUGACUCCAGUCUCCCAGCUUCUAUCGGUAGCCUACAGUUCAUUACGGAGGGGUGGGGCCCCUCACAAAUGCAGAGGUGGCCACCUUGUGUAGGCCUAGGGCAGAUUCUCGCAGCUGUGGUGAGUUCCUAAUUGCAAAGGCUGCAUCAGGCCUCGAAGAUGGCAUUUCCUAGCCCUUCUCUCUGGCUUCUGAUUCGGACAUUUUCCUGGCCCCUCUUCUGCGAUGUGCCCUGAGCUUUAGAGGAGGCGGAAUCAACAUCUUCGUUAGGGCUGAGCCCUCGGCCAGUUGAGUGCCCAUUAGAACAUUACAUUGAUACUUUAAACACGUCUGGAAAUUUUUCUUUGAAAGCAGAAUCAAGUGAAAUCAGAGCUGAAUGGUUUACUUGAAGUUGAUCUUUGCUCCUAAAGCCUCAUCUUCACUUUCUUUUUCAACAGCUGUGAGGACAGAUGUCCUUUUCACACCAGAACAUGUGCGAGUAGAAAGCCAGGCUAUGGAAAGCACUGCCGCUUUCCAAAGGGGACAAGGGCCCAGGGGCUUCACAGCCAAGAGCAUCCUUGAUUCAACUUUCUCCCAAGUUCCUCAUCCCUGUUAUUUUAAAUAGCCUGCUGCUUUGUCAAGCCUGCUGUCACUGCGGCCCACCCCCCAGGUGUUAGAAAAAUUGAUUUUACCUAAUGCCGUGGUGAAUCCACAUUCCCGUGCAAGAGCUGCUGGGUGAGUCCCUGGUUCACUGACAAAUGACUUCUAGCUUCAGGUGCAUCCGCACACCAGAGCUCAGAAAGGAAGGGGUCUGGAGAGUCCAUUGUUCUGAUGAAUGAGAAAGGGUUGCUUGCCACCGAGUAGCAGGUGCCGCGUGAUUGAUUACUCAGACUGGCAAAGUCCGAGUGCGCUGCUUAGGAAUUCUUCUGGUUCUUUCUUCUGUGGAAUUUCAUUUGUAUGCUCAGCAUGCUUCUACUUUUCAAGUUGAUUGAGCCACUGCCUGAUGUUUCAUUUUUAAAUGUAUUUAAAGGAAAUAAACAUCAUUAUUCAAG